AUGUCAAAGAUACAGCUGAACUGUUGCAACGAAGCGAAAGACGAUGAAGAUUGCAUGUGUUGUGCGAAAUGUAAACACGGAUACCACCGCGCGUGUUUGAAGUCGACCGGGCAGUUCAGCACAAAUACAGAAUCCACGACUGAGUGGAUGUGUCCCGCCUGCACGUCAAGAAGGCCGAAAGGUAACAGCGAAAACACACCUGUGCGUAAUAAAAACACGCUAGUAGGCAGCGAACAGAAUGUCACGAAAAGAUCGACUAAAAGAGUUGCUGUUUCGUCACUAAACACAGAAAAAUCCUCUCAGCUAAAUGAUAUACGGGAGAUGGUGAGCGAAACAGUAAGGGCCGAAAUGAAAGAAAUGCUGACACAGAUGAGAACUUCUAUAAAAAGCGUACUAAAUAGUGAAUUAAAAGUAAUAAGGGAGGAGAUCACAGACAUGAAAAAUUCCAUAAAUUUUAUAAACAGCCAAUACGAGGAUUUCUUGAAAGAGCACUGUGCAAAUCUAACAGCUGUGAAGGAUCUUAAAGAAAAUAAUACUAAAUUAGAGGCGACUAUAAACGCCCUAAACACACGGGUAAAUGAGCUCGAACAGCGAACUAGAUACAAUAACUUGGAAUUGCAAUGUGUUCCUGAAAGAAAAAACGAAAAUCUGAUCAAAAUAGUGGAACAGUUGGGCAGUGUCAUAGGGUUAGAUAUAACCUCAGACAAAAUUGCGAAUGUUACGAGAGUUGCUAAGGUAAAUCGUCAAAGUACUCGACCGAGAUCUGUCAUAGUACAAUUUAAUUCUCCGCUAACCAGGGACAGUGUUAUGGCUGCGGUGAUAAAAUAUAAUAAAAGCAACCCUAGAGAUAAAUUGAAUACGUCACACAUUGGAAUCGGGCUAAGUGAAGAAAAACAACCCAUUUAUAUCAUGGAACAUCUGUCACCUGGGAAUAAAGCUCUACAUGCCGCGGCGAGACUUAAAGCUAAAGAAAAAGAUUACAAAUAUGUUUGGGUUCGAAAUGGUCGUAUACUGAUACGCAAGGAUGAUAAUUCUGAUUAUAAAGUAGUUAAAAAUAUGGACUUUCUUAGUAACUUAAGUUAA